AUGUCACUUAAGCGUCUUCUGAAUGAUGUAGACGACGAUGGUCAUAGCCAAUACCCUGACCCGUCGUUCAUGUCCCCUCACGGCUCCAUUUCAGGGUCUUCGUACCAGAGCGCCGACGACUACACGGGAAACUAUCCUCGCCAAACCCAGUUCCAGGGGGUGGGCAUGGAAUACCCACAGGAAACCCCCGUUCUCGAGGACCACUCGUCUCUGGGCGAUGUUUUCAACAACAUCCUUUUCAACUACGAAAACUCAAAGUUCGACACCACUGAUCAGCUGGGAAAUCUGAAUCUGAACCUGAAUCUCGGUACCGAAGACACGCCAUAUGAUCUGAAUUUCGAGCUUGAAACAUGGGGCCAGCAGCAAAUGACGACGAUAGCCUCCCCUGGUGGAUCUUAUGUAUCCCAUCCGUCACCUUCAGGCUCAGGGUCAUCAGCAGACUCUAUGCCUGCCACUCAUUCCCCUUCUAUGGACCCCGAAUCUAUCGUCACUGGCUCAGAUUCAUGUUCAUCGGCUGGGGAUGAAGAAAUUGACAAAGUCUGCUACGGGAUGCUCUACAAUGUCGACGUCAAGUUGAUUGGGGACAUGGCGAUCACCGAUUCAAAGCUCCUUGCCGCCCACCAAGCAGCAAUGACCUCAGGAAAGACACAGUACCAACGCUUCGCCCUUUCAGACUCACAGGAUCAUGUCCUCCUCGCCUUCAGAGACAAGGAAAACACAGAUUUCGGUUACCUGCGCACUGCUCCCGGCAAGACUCUCCAACCGCUGCUGGCCCGAACCGACGUCGAGUUCGAACCCAUCGCGCCGACUAUCGCCCUCCGAGAAACCAUUGGCCGCGCCAAAAAGCCUGUUGAAGCGAUGGUCAAGGUCGACAUCAACGUCUACGGACCUAGAGGAGCUGCGCACGAAGUUGGCGACAAGUUGUCAGAGGGGAAGCUUUGGUUGCAGAAGCCAGCACAUCCGAGGAAGGACGUGGAUUACGACAAUCCACACGUGCUUCGGCUUGAUGGGGUUGAGGUUACGGCCGACAACGUGGUGAGGCCGGUGAAUAGCGGCGGACCGGCAAAGAGGCAGCCAAGAGAAGACACUUUGAGAAAGAUGAUGAUGGAAGUUUACCAAUCUCUGGACAAGAACAGGGACCUCAGGUACCUCGACAAGGUAGAUGGUGGCGAGGGACUCAACAGCCAACUUCUGAUACAUCAGAAAGAGGCACUCGGGUUCAUGUUGCAGAGGGAGUCUGGUGAAAUUGACGACUCCUAUCGCCUUUGGCAGCCGGUCAAGGUUGACGGAAGUGAUUGGUACCGUCACAAGAUCACUAACGUCAAGCAACGUACGAGGCCAGAGGAGCGAGGUGGGGGUAUUUUGGCCGACGAAAUGGGCAUGGGCAAGUCCCUGUCUAUCCUUUCUCUCAUUGUCAAUACUGCUCAGACGGGCCAAGAGUGGGCAGUGCAGGAGAACAGCAACGACGACAAGCUCAAGGACAUUAGCUACUCUGGUUCGACAUUAGUAGUCGUGUCAUCUGCUCUCCUCAUUUACAACUGGACCAACGAGAUAAACAAACACGUCAAAGAUAAACUGAAAACCAUCAAGUACCACGGACCUGGCCGCGAGAAAGACAUUGACAACAUCAAAAAUUCCCACAUCGUUGUCACAACUUACAACACCCUCUCGGCAGAGUUCGAAAAGAAGUCCUCUCUGCUUCACAAGAUUGGCUGGUACCGCGUUGUCCUCGACGAGGCCCACAUCAUUCGCCGCCCCGCGACGACAUUCUACCAUGCCUGCCGAGAUCUACACGCCAAUUCCCGUUGGUGCCUCACCGGAACGCCCAUACAGAACAAGCUCUCGGACAUUGGUGCCCUCUUCGCCUUCAUUCGCGCCAAGCCAUUUGACGAGCCCGCCAAGUUCCGGCGAUACAUCGAGCUGCCGUUUGAGCAGAGCGAGGAAAACACGGAAAAGGUCAAGGGGCGGCUGAUCACGCUCCUUGAGUCCCUCUGCCUGCGCCGGACGAAAGAGCUCCUGGAGCUCCCUGGUCUCGAGGAAGUCACCAAGGAGCUGGUUUUCAGCACGAGAGAGCGUGAUCAGUACGACAAGACGAAGGAGAUCCUGAUGCGGACGAUCAAGCAAAAGGUUGGAGAGGUGGAGAAGAGCUCAAAGUUCGGGCUAUUCCAGGCGAACCUCCAGCUACGGAUCCUAUGCAACCACGGGACGUACCAGAAGCCCUUCUCCUGGCACCGUCGGGCGUACCGACUCGACGAACGGGAGGCUGUCGUCAGCGCGCUGGGCCAGAAUGCGGAGAUCACUUGCGACGGUUGCCACCAGCCGAUGCCGAUUCUGGGAUCCAGCAGGCUGCGGAACGAGUUCGAGGAACAGUGCGCGCACGUCUUCUGUUCGGAGUGCCUCGAUCAGUCUGAUUAUUCGGCCGGCGCGAUAAGCCCGCAAGCGAGACACUGCCCUGUGUGUGAGAACUGGAUGAGGUCUGCCAGGGCGCAGCGUGCGCUGCCUUCUGGUGUUCCGGUUGUGAGGGUUGAUGGGCCUGGGGGUUCAGGAGACGUGGAGAUGGUCGACGCCCCGGCUCAGAUCCCCUCUUCCCAGAGGGAUGACGAGGUUUACUUCAACGCGACGGGGCACUCCACAAAGAUGAAGGCUUUGAUUGAGGAUGUCAAAGUCAACCUGAAUGAAACCAAGAGCAUUAUCUUCUCAUGCUGGACGAGAACUCUACACCUCGUAGCCCAACACCUCGAAAAGGCACAAGUGCCCUACCUCCGGAUCGACGGCGACUGCUCCCUUCGUCAAAGACAGGAUAUGCUUGGCAAUUUUGCAGAGAAUGAUGACAACAGGGUUCUCAUAAUGACAACCGGCACUGGUGCUUUCGGCCUAAAUCUCACCUGCGCAAAUCGCGUCUUCAUCGUCGAGCUGCAGUGGAACCCGAGCGUCGAGAAUCAAGCGAUUGCCCGCGCCAUUCGUUUCGGUCAGGGCCAGAAGGUCCUCGUAACCAGAUAUGUCAUUAAGGACACCGUCGAGGUGGAAAUGAGUUCUCAACAAAGCGUGAAGAAGAAACUUGCUGCCAUCGGGUUCGCGAAGGACGACGAUCCCGCAGAACAAAUGGACGAGUCAAUUGACUAG